AUGGCGUAUGCUGUCAGUGGCCCUAUGUAUAGUGUGAGAGAUGCCAUAGCUAUGCACAGAGAGACACAUCACGAGACUCAAUUUAAUCAUUCUAAUGCACUUAUAAAUGCAUAUAUUGAGCUUGAUAUGUCUGCAGACAAAAAGCACUUUGGAAAACCAGUUAAUUACUUACAAACACAAACUUUCUCUUUUCUUGGAGAAUCGUUAUAUGACAAUUUUUCCAAUGUAAUUCAACUGCCAUAUCAUUUUGAAAAUGAACAACAAAGAACAGUUUUGGCCAUAUCUCGUAAUGAAGAAGUGAUUGAGCAAGCUUGGCAGAUGGGAGUAACACUUGCAGCUGGACUUGAUGUUGUUAAGCAAGUGCAGAGUGGGGAGGUAAGCUUUCAGGAUAUUCAGCACUUUAUUGCUGAAAAAGACACUUUGCCAGACCUGGUACCCAUUCGUGGGCUUAUGAAGAGACGAUUCCCAAGUGUUAUGAAUGGCACUGCCGGCAGUGACAUUAUACCCAUCAUAGAACGCUUCAUAAAAGGUGUUGAGUACAAGACCACUACAGACAAGUUUCAUCAUGACUUUGCCACAAUAGAAGCUCCUUUUGGGAGGCUUGGUAUGACAGAUGAACAGCUUGAAGAGAAUCUCUCAGCACUUCUGAAUGAUGUAGAAAACCAGAAGCCCCAGAAAAAAUCAGAUCAACUAAUAACCCUAGUGCGUCUUCGUACUGUACUCGGCCCUGAGCAAUUUAAAAUUUAUCAUAAAGUAUAUAUUCGAGAAAGAGCUUUAAAUGUAAAGGUUGCAGCAUCAUAAGGAAUGGCAAUAAACUUAGCCUGGCAAUGUAAAGGUAAA